CUUCUUUCUUUUCAUCUGUAAAGAAUCAUGUCUGAAUUUCACUCACUAGCCAACCUCAUUAAACGACUGGAGGUUGCUACUACGCGUCUUGAGGAUCUGGCUAUGUCUUCUUCUUCUGCCUCGGCUGUUGCUGCUCACUCACCUUCCUCACCUAAAGCAGUUGCUCCCGCUAAUACUACUACUACUGCUGCUGCUGCUACUACUACUACGACUGCUGCUUCUGGUAGCAGUAGUAGUGAUAAUAGCAGUGCUACAAGUGGUAGCGAAGAAACAUCUGCUGCUGUUGAGAAACAUGAUGCUGCUAUCAACGCUUCCCUUGAGAAAUACAUCGCUUUGUCCCAAGAACUCGGUGAUGUUGUCGCUGAACAAGCUUUACUUGUCAAACAAGCCGUGGAUGCUGAAAGAGACAUUAUCCAUAUGUCUGCUCUUGCCCAAAAGCCUGAUAUGACAUCACCUACUUUUAUGAAGAUUUUGGAACCUAUUCAGAAGUCAUUAGGCAGCAUCAUUGAAAUCAAGGACGCAAAUCGUCCUAGUCCAAUGUUUAAUCAUUUGAGCACCGUGGCUGAAGGUAUUCCUGCCCUGGGUUGGUUUACUUGUGAACCUACGCCUGUCCCUUUUAUUCGUGACAUGAAAGAUGCUGCUCAAUUCUAUUCUAACCGCGUUGUAAAAGAAUGGAAAGAAAAGGAACCCAAACAUGUGGAAUGGUCUCAUGCUUUCUUAGCUUUGCUUGAAAGUUUAGCUAUCUAUGUAAAAGAAAACUUCCCUACAGGUCUUACUUGGAAUGCCAAGGGUGAAAAACCAGACUCGUUUAUUGGAAAGACGUCUGUUAAAAAGGAAACCCCUACUGCUGCUGCUCCUUCAACUUCAGGUGGCCCUCCUCCCCCUCCUCCCCCACCACCACCCAUGGUCAUUGAAGAGGAUGAGAACACCAAACCUGUUGCUGCUACAGGUGCUGCUGCUGUCUUUGCCGAAAUCAACAAGGGCGCCAGUGUCACAGCCAAUUUACGUAAGGUUGACAAGAGCGAAAUGACACACAAGAACCCUAGUUUGCGUGCCGCUGCACCUACUUCGCCUAAGCGUCAAGGUCCUCCUACACCCAACAAGCCUGAUAAAUACACCCUCAAGAAAGCAGCCAAGACAUCCUUGGAAGCCAAUAAAUGGGUCGUUGAAAACCAUGAAAACAACCAUCAGGUUGUGAUUGAAGAAACAGCCAUCAAUCAAGCUGUCUAUAUCUACAACUGUAAAAACUCGACCAUUCGCAUCAAGGGCAAAGUCAAUGCAGUCACAAUUGAUUCAUGUACAAAAUGUGGUAUUGCUGUUGAUUCGACUGUGGCUACAGUGGAUGUGGUGAAUUCAAAAUCAUUUGCUUUGCAAGUCUUUAAGGUUGUGCCUACCAUUGCUGUUGAUAAAUGUGAUGGUGGUGAAAUCUAUUUGUCAAAAGACUGUUUAGGUGUUGAAAUCUUGUCUGCUAAAUCUACUUCUUUGAAUGUCCUUGUACCUGAAGGAACAGAGAAUGAAGAUGUAGAGUACAAAGAAAGACCUGUGCCUGAACAAUUCAAGACAACCAUUGUGGAUGGUAAACUUGUCACUGUUACUGUUGAACAUGCAGGAUAAAAUAAAAAUAUUCUAUUCCCGAAUCUAUUA